AUGUCCCGUACUCGAUCAGCAGCAAUUUCGUCAACGAAAGAAGAGCAUAUGGACUUGAUGUCUCCGGAAGGAUCAUCAGGUUCUCCAUCAGCUCCUAAUACUCCAGCCAAUUCGGGACUGUUCAUCAAUGAUCGCAAAAAAGCUACGCAUUUACGAUGCGAAAGACAACGAAGAGAAGCUAUCAAUGUUUACUCAUUCCCAGCUUUAUUUGUACAAUUAAAGUUGUUACAGAGUGGUUACAACGAGCUCAAGGACCUCAUCCCACAGACUACAACGUCACUUGGUUGCAAAACAACCAACGCAGCAAUUCUGUUCAGGUUUGUUCAGCAAUCUUCACUACAGGAGAAAACAAGUUUACUGUUGUAGAGCAUGUGAUUUCAUGAAUCAGUUAAAACAAGAUAUUUCGGAGUCUGACAAGGAACUGGCUCAACUCAGUGCUCAGGCGGCUGCACUCGAAAUGAUUGCGUCUGAGUACGAACAGAUGGCAUCUUCGGUCCCUGCAGUAGGCCAAUCAUCAAUCCAAGUGAAAAUGGUGAAUCGUAACCAAGUUUUUUUCAAAAUGUCCUUUCUGGUAUUCAGCUCCAACUUCUUCUUGAUGAUUGUUUCACCUCGUUUUCCGAACAAGUCGACUUCACAACCUACGCGACGAUCACAAGAACACUCCUUUCCUGGGUUGAAAAUCUCGCUGCCAACAAUGAACCGUUCAAGAGCACGGCUGGAAAAAUGGUCACAAUGCCGUUUACCUCGCCAUAA